GGGGAUUACGACAGGGCCAAGGAAGAGAUCAAAGCUGCAAAACGUUACCUCCCGGCAAGUUCGGACUCCACUGAGAGCGUGAGUGCGCGUCCAUUUCAUCCAGUAGCCUCGGGAUACAACUUUCUCCAGUGUAUCGUGAUAGACUGACACGACUUGACAGGAUGUGAAAGAUCCCGAGCCCCAAGACUUUUCGACCAUGUACAACGCAUACAGCGUUAGUGACGUCAAAAAUCCCAGCGAUGUGCGCACUUUUUAUACCAAUUCGUGUAUCCCAUCCGUCAUUCAUCAAGGUCGACCCCUAUACGACGAUUUGAUCCUCAGUCCAGAGGUGUCCUACAGGGUUGAAUCUUAUAUUGGUCCAGCGAUGCUACACACCAUGUCCACCAACGAUGGAACGAACACGAUGAUGCGCACUGAUGAUGAUCAAUUCAUCAGGCCAAUUUGUCCUACCGUCGUUGACUCUGUCAAGGUUGUCAAUGGGUCGAAUUGGGGAACAAAUCAAUGGCUCAGCGCUUUGUUGGAAGGUCCUCCUCCUAACCCUCCUCCUCCCGGUGCCGACUGGAGGAAGUAUAAUUCGGCACCGACGAAUACGUCGCGAAAGACAAACACAAUGGUCCGUGACACGUCCGUGGCGUCCUCGAAGCCGGGUAUUAUCAAACCUCAAGGUUCUCGCCCUGAGUAUGGUACAUCGACAGCUGCCAGUUCUCAACCUGGAUCAAUGCCAAUCGGACCUGGCAAGGUGCGAUCGACACCUGGAACCAGCAACUCGAUGGCACCCAAUAGAGGGUGGCACAAUGUGUCCAAGGGAUCCAGCAUGCCUCCUAAUGUGGAAUUUGCACCGACCCGGUUCGCUCCGAAUCACAUUUCAACUCAAGGCGGUCCUCCACCAGGUCUUGGCGGUACAAGCAUGGGCUCUGGAAAGUCUGUCAAGUACGCGUCGCAGCCGUCGCAGCCGUCGCUGGCGUCAGGCCCCUCCACAUACCAGGCUUCACAAACGUACUCUGCUUCACGACCUCCGCCACCUCCUCCGCCUCCACCAGCUUCUACUGCCGGGUUUUGCAGCUCCUUAGGAAACCAAAGUGCACACGCUUACCAAAGUGCACAAGCUCCUUACCCACCUCGGGAAUGGAUCAUUCAACCAACCGGAUCUAAAUACGAAGAUUCUCCUACUCUUCCACCAGACGGUGCCGAUAAAUAUCAGGGUACCACCAUGUCUUCGGUUCCGAUCCACGCGACGUACAACCCAGGACAUGAGUCACGGUCCGCUAUCAAGUCUGGACGCAUGAACAUGUACACGCCGGAAACGAGCUUGUCGUCGAGCCCUGUGGAUGUUGGCGUGUUGUCUAGACCCUCAAGUGCUGGGUGUGACCAUUGGCAUAGCUAAUCCUCCCUCUAGUCCAAAGUACAUCUAGAGCACCACGAACUCCCUCACAACGACUAUCACCCUCUUCACAUCACCCUUGUGCAAAGGGACGUCCCAAUCGCUGACAAGCUUACCUACUCCCCAUAGAGCAUACAU